AUGGCGUUCUGCGCGCUGGCGCCCGAGCCGCCGCUCGCCGGCCCGCUCGGUGGGCUGUCUGAUUGGAUGGCGCGGAUGGAGUCCGGCUUGGCGGAGGCACGCGCGAUGCGUGAGCAGGUGCUCGACCUCGAGCUGUGGCGCGCGUCCGUGACGCGAGAGAUGGUCUCGAUGCGGAACGAGAUGGCAGAGCUGCGGGCGGCGGUGGCGCGACAGUAUUUGACACAGAAAGAGAUCGAGGACCUGAUCGCCGCGGCGAGCGGCGAUUUCCUUACUCGCCAGAAUAUCGAGGAGCUCAUCAGCGCGCACAUCGCGCGUGCCUCGGCGCUUGACGCGGCGCCCUUCGCCACGGGGGUGCAGUCCACCGACGGAGGCGCUUGCGCGCUUUCGUGGUACGGCGACGCCGGCCGGGCCUUUCUGGCCGGCUCGGAGGACGGCGUGUGCAAGAGCUGGGAGCUCGCCGAGCCGGGGACGCGUCGUCGCAACCAGCCACCGGGCGCGCUCGUCUGCUUGGGCGUGGCGCAAGUGGGCGAGGAGAAGGGCGAGGAGAAGGGCGAGGUGCUUGCGAUCGCAUGCACGGCCGCCAGCGGCAUAUGCGGUUUGGCAGAUGGCCGCGUCGUCGAGGUGGCCGUGCCGCAGCACGGCA